CAUUUGCAAAAUGGGGGAACCAAUCGAUCCAUUCGAGAUUUUUGACUACUCUACGUUAGGUGGCUGAUCGCUUUCAUGUGAGCUAUAUUCCGGUACGGUGUUCUAAAAAACUCAAGGAUCUGGAGACAUUUUUUCCGGAUGGAUCGGCUGCUAGUGAUUGAUCCAAAGGAGCUCGUCUUUGAUUUCGAGAUUGGGCAGCGAUGCAGCAGCUUCGUGAUUCUCAAGAAUGUCAUGUUCACGAUGCCGGUGGCGUUCAAGAUCACCGCGCCGUCCAAUGCCGGGGUGGCCAAUUCCAAGAAGUACACGAUGAAGCCAUCGCAGGGGAUCAUCCCUCCCGCCGGGAGGGCCACCGUCGAGAUCAUCCUCAACCCCCAGCAAUCCCUUCCGGACGAAUUCCCAAACUCGCUCGACAAUUUCGUCGUCAAGAGCUUGGUGGUUCCCGGCGGGAAUCAACACAACAGCGUCUCCAACGAGUGGUUUGAAUCCAAGAAGAACUUCGUCUACGCCGACGCUGGAUUGAAAGCCUUCUUCAAAGGAUCGGCCAUCGUCUCCGCUUUGGUUGCCUCUCCGGAUUCGACGAUGGAAGACGUGCGAGAAGUCCUGGAACGGGGCGUGGACUUGAACAAGCCCGGAUCCAGCGGCCCGGAUCGAUCCCCGCUCCACGUCGCCAUAGCUAGCGGACGGCCCGAGAUGGUCCAGCUCCUUCUCGAGUUUGGCGCGAAUGUUGAGGUCCGGGACAGGUUCGGCAAAACACCGAUGCACGAGGCUGCUGCCGCGGGACAGACGCUAGCCAUGGAGCUCCUUCUCGCAAACGGAGCAAACACAGAGGCCCGGACGGAAUCCGUCGGAUGGACAGCACUCCACUUCGCCACGUACGCACAUCAUUUGGACGCGGUUCGAAUCCUCUUGGCGAAGGGCGCGGAUGUCAACAGCACCGCCGGGCCGGAGGAGCGUACCGCGCUGCACAUUGCUACCGCCGGCGGUGCACAGCGUUGCUUGAAGCAACUGCUCGAGCAUGGUGCCAAUCCUAACGCCGUUACCGCCACUGGGCAGACGGCGCUCCACAUCGCGGCGGGCCAGGCCGACGUGGCGGCAUCUCGGCUGCUGAUCCAACAUGGCGCCUGGCGGAAUGUGCGGGAUUUGAAUGGGCAUAUUCCGUUUGACGCCGCUGUGGAGGCGGGAGCUGAUAAAAGCUUGCUCGAUCUGCUCAAGCUCGGCGAUGAUCUCCGGCGCGCAGCCAGGAGGGGCGAUCUCAAAUCUGUGAGGGUUUGUCUUAAGCAGGGCGCCGAUCCAAACGGGAGGGAUGAGAAUGGAUGGACCGCGCUCCACUGCGCGGCAUUCAAGGGGAGUUUGGAAGUGGUGAGGCUCUUGAUCGACAGGAAUGUCGAUGUGAAUUGCGAGGAUUGCGAGGGAUACUCGCCGCUCCACUGCGCGGUGGAGAUGGGGCACAGCGAGAUCGUCCAGGUUUUGAUGAGGAGAGGGGCGGAUGUGAAUGCCAAGAUCAAGAAAGGGUGUUGUGCGGUCAAGAUUGGGAGCUUGAUGGGCGAGGAUGGAAUCGUGGGAUUGCUGCUGGACGGCGGCGCCAGGGACGCGAGAUCGUUGGUUAGUAGCGUCUCCACAAUAAAUUUGGGGAAAAUCCGCGGUAGCGAUGAUUCGUCUCUCAAAAAGAAGAAGAAUGGCGAGAGGUUUCCAAGAUCCAGGACAUUGAGCUGCGAAGCCUAUUGAUCCCGGACAACAUUCUUUUGUAAUCAAAAUUGAAAAAGGAAAAAAGAAAAGCUUUGAUUGGUUAAAGGUCGCAUUCUUGUAUAGAUUCCAUCGAAUUAAAUAAAGGAAAACU